AACUCGCCUCUCUGUCGCAACCAACCAUUCCCACUUCCCCCCCUGGCUCACUUCCUCCGUCACUUGUUCAGUAGCGGACCGGAAGUUUGUAUUCCCUUCAUUUGGUGGUCAGCCUCACUAAGAACCGUCAUCAUGUCCCGAAAACCAGCCGAUGUGGCGUCGAAGGAGCGCAACGAGUACAUCCCUUCUUUCAUCUCGAAGAAACCAUUCUACAUUGACGAUGACGAUACCGCCAACGACUACCUCGAGCAUCAACGUCUGCAGAAGACAACGACAGACCAGUCGAAAUGGUACGAUCGCGGAAAACGCGCGGGACCCGCCGCCACCAAGUACCGCAAAGGCGCCUGUGAGAACUGCGGCGCCAUGACCCACAAAACAAAAGAGUGUUUAAGUCGACCCCGGAAGCACGGCGCUAGGUGGACUGGUAAAGAUAUUCAGGCCGACGAAGUUGUACAGGAUGUGAACUUGGGUUGGGACGCCAAGAGAGAUCGGUGGAAUGGUUAUGAUGCCAGCGAAUACCGCCAGGUGGUCCAGGAAUAUGAGGAACUGGAGAAGCUGAAGAAGCUUACCAAGGAAGGAGAAAAGGGGCAGAAGCAGAUCACGGACGGUGAGCUCGAUGAUGAGGACGCGCCGGAGGAGGAAGCCCGCUAUGCGGAGGAGUCCGAUAUGGGCCGACAACAGAGCACCUCGACCCGCAACUUACGUAUCCGUGAAGACACCGCCAAGUAUCUGCUGAACCUUGAUCUGGACUCCGCGAAAUAUGAUCCCAAGACGCGACGUAUGGUGGACAUGGGUGCUCAAGAUGAUCAGGCCGCUGCGCUGGUUGCGGAGGAGAACUUCGUGCGGGCCUCCGGCGACGCUGCCGAAUUCGAGAAGGCACAGCGGUAUGCUUGGGAGUCUCAGGAGAAGGGGACACAGAAGAUUCAUUUGCAGGCGAAUCCGACAGCCGGAGAGGUCAUGCGCAAGAAGGAGGAGGCUGAGGUGGUGGCUAAGCGUGAGGCUCAGCGCAAGGCUUUGUUGGAGAAGUAUGGUGGUCAAGAGCACUUGAACCCAACGCCGCUACGAGAGACAAUGGUGGUUGAAAACGAAAGAUUCAUCGAAUACGACGAGACUGGCGCUAUCAAGGGCGCACCUAAGAAGGCAGCCAAGUCCAAGUACGCUGAAGAUAUCUUGAACAACAACCAUACUUCCGUCUGGGGAAGUUGGUGGCACAACUUCGAAUGGGGAUACGCCUGUUGUUUCUCCACUGUGAAGAACAGUUACUGCACUGGCGAAGACGGCAAACGCGCUUUCCGGGAAGCCGAUCAGAUCUUGAUGUUACCGGAAGCUGAGGGUGAAAACGACAUCGAGCGGUCUGAUGAUGCGAAGGACAGCCACGUCUCGCAAGAACCCUCAGGCUCAGAGCAGCCAAAGGAGUCGGCCAGCACAAAUACGAAGAAGAGAACCCUGAUAGAGGUGCAGUCAGGAAUUACGGAGGAGGAGCUCGACUCGUACAAACGAAGCCGGCUUGCUGCGGAGGACCCUAUGGCUGCAUUUAUGGGGAAAGAUGAUCUGGUUUAGUAGCUUUUUGGCAACAUGCGCAUCAAUUUUGCCACAUGACUCGCGCAAUGCUUAUAGAUACCCGCCUUCCGAAUUGUGC